AUGACUCGAGGAACCGAGUCGGGAGACCAGCGAAACGUUGCCUCCGCCGCCAACCUCGGGGGAUCCUGGAAGCCUGGCGAUGAUGCCGCUCGAACUCAAGGACACGUCGCUUACGGACCAUGCGAAGAUCCCAUCAAGCAGGAGGCCCGAGAUGCCAACUUUGCUGACAUCGUCACUCUUCCCAUUCUCCCAGAGCCCCAGCAAAAUCCUCUCACUGCUGGCAUGAACAUGUGGAGAUCUGGCGAGUUCUCUGCUUACGCACUCAAGGAUCGAAUUCUCGGAUUCUGGCGAUGGGCUAACCAGAACAACACCAACGGCGAGAAGUGGUUCCACGAAGCUCGCCGACGAGUUCCCGGAGUCUGGGAGUGUUCAACAAAUGAUCGAGCUUGCAUUUACGAAGCUGAGAUGCAGUUCAAAAAGGAUCGAGAAGUCGAUCGAAUGGUCCUUCAAGUUCUUGAAGACCGCCUUCGAUCUUGCUGGAACGCCCAGGGAUCGCUCUGGGGCGACCGAGACAUGAACACAGAGAAAUGCAACGAACUCGCCAUGUUUAAGCGACAAGCUGAUAUGAAUUACGCUGCCAAGUACCGAAAUUUGAACCACUGGGGUGUCCAGUCCACCAAGGCUCUUAUGAAGCAAAAGAACAGAUUUAUCGAGAAGAGAUGGCUCGAACGUCAGGGAAAAUCCUUCGACGAAAUCCAAAACAUGAUGCACGAACCUCUUUCCCAGGCCUUCUUUUAUGACAUGUGGAAAUGGACGAUGACUGUAACUCGGGUGUUGGUUCUCAUCGACGAUACGAUUUCCAUGGCUGGAAUUCAUCCUGAGACCAAUCGUUCCUUUUUGGACAUGGCGAAAAGCAUCGCUUCGGACUUUUUGGACGCACUGGCCGAGUCAAGAUUUGACGUCCACAUUAUCGCCCAGACGAUUUUUCUCGACAGUGACAUUGAUCCUCCUCGAAGUGCAUUCAACCGUGACUGGAUUCAGAUGAAGAAGAACAUAGAGAAUAUUACUAUGAGCACUGAAAGAAGCUGUAAUUUAGAUGCCAUUAUCAAGGCCUCGCGACUUCUGGCUGGGAACGAUGACGAACAGCCCGGUCAUCUUGUUUGUUUAACUGAUGGCAAUGUGUUCUAUCCUAGAAAAGAAUUUCCGAAAAUGUUGAAUAAGUUUACAUGCAUGCCGGCUACGUUGCAUAUCAGAAGCCUGGGCCCAAAGCCGAAAAUAGACCCCGUCACGUCGCUCGUGAAGGUCGUCGAUAAAACUAUCGCUAAUGGGAAGCGGGCGUCAAUUAAACGCGUCGCAGCUAACGAAGUUGACACCGCUGCGAGGAGAUUAUUCGUCGAUGAGUUUGCGCCGAUGACGACGAAACUUGUUCUCGGCAAACUUUCGUCAGAAAUGGUGUUGCAUCCUCGACCUCCAGGAGUGCUCGAUCAAACGAACAUCAUGUCGAUUCUGGGUUUCAUCCCAAUCAAGCAUCUAAGCGGCCCUCCCAUCGACUCAAACCACCAAAUCAUUCCUGAAGCAAUCAAUCAGGAAGAACCCCACCUUGUCAUUCUUCUGAUUCAUUCACUUCUACAACUGCCAAAGGCGGAUAGGAAAGUCGCCCUGGUCAAAAUUGGCGACCGCUACGGACUUUUACAUGCUCAAGAAAAGGAUGAAAGUCACAAGUGGCUGACGUUUUCGUUGUUCUUUCCUGGAGACACGCCGCUUCCGUGGAUGGUGGUGUACGGGGACAAUGCUGCCAAGCAAGAUUAUCCGCUGGUGGAUGACUUUGCGAAGAGAAGGUCAUAUGCAACGCCGACGAUUGUAUGGUCAAAAGAUAACUGGAUCAUUGCGGAUUUGCAAAAGGCCGCCAGAGUAGCGAAGAAACUCCCAGAUAAGCAAGUUGCAUUUUACAAAGAAAUUUACAUGCUCACCACCGAAGCUGCUAAUUACAAGGACUCAAAACCAAAAGCCACGGAGGAGAUCACUCAUUGCAUUCGCCAACUCAAGAUAAUCCUGGCUGCAAUCAACGACGAGGACGAUCGGAAAAUGCAUGAGCUUGAAAAUUACACUAUCACGCCGAUGAGCAGUGGCUAA